AUGGCCUCGGAAAAGACAUGGAUGGAUCCUAGGGAUGAGGAUCUAAGAGCUGAAGGAAGGUAUGAUUUAGAGACUUCUAGUGAAGAGGAUAUUGAUACCUCUACGAUGCUGCGGGGUAUAGCCCGACAGCAAAUAAAAGAGAUAUUGGAAGUACAUGGCUGCACGGAUGAGCAGAAGGUCCACUAUGCUGCAUUUAAAAUGGCAGGUGAUGCGAAACACUGGUGGCUUUCUGUGAAACUUCUAAAGGAACAGAGGUUGGUCAAGAUAGCUCUAACAUGGGAUCGAUUCAAGGAGUUAUUCUUUGACAGGUAUUUCCCAUUAUCUAUCAGAGAGGAGAAGAUUGAAGAAUUCACUAAUUUGACACAAGGGAAUAUGACUGUGGGGGAAUAUGCGGCUAAGUUUGUUGAAUUGUCGCGUUUUGCUUCGUUCCUGAUCUUGAAUAAGGUGAGGAAGACCAAAAAGUUUGAAAAAGGCUUAAGAGAAAGACUUUAUGAGCUUGUAGUGGGGUUCCAAGUUCAAAAAUUUUCAGACCUGGUAGACAAGGCUUUGAUGCUUAAAAUAGCAUCCAAGGCGGCACAGAGCCGAUAG